CGCAGCGGCGGGGACACGGGAGCUGCGCGGCCGCCGCGGAUCCGCCAGCCGGGAGCCCCGCCCGGCCCCAGCGGGGAGCAGGUGGCUGCGGCUCGCAGCCCGGCCCGAGCAUGUCCUAGCGCGUCCGGCACGAUGCGGAGCAGCCCGCGCCCGGGACCUUUCCUCUGCCUGCUGCUGCUGCUCUGCCGCCCGGAGCUCGCCGCCGCCCAGGCGGUGUGUGCGGGGACCCUGAACGGGCUGAGCGUGACGGGCGAUGCCCAGCACCAGUACCAGACGCUCUUCAAAAUGUACAACAACUGCGAGAUCGUCAUGGGGAACCUGGAGAUCGUGCUGAUCGACCACAAACAGAACCUGUCCUUCCUGCAGACCAUCCGGGAAGUGACGGGCUACGUCCUGAUCGCCAUGAACGUCUUCACGUACCUGCCUCUGGGGAACCUGCGGGUGAUCCGGGGCACCCAGCUCUACGAGGACAAACACGCCCUCUUCGUGCUGCUGAAUUACCACACCAACGGCUCGCACGCCCUCCGCCAGGUGGGGUUCAACCAGCUCACGGAGAUCCUGGCGGGCGGGGUUGACAUCGAGAGGAACGAGCAGUUGUGCCACGUGGACACCAUCGAGUGGAGGGACAUCAUCCGGGACCCGCUGAUCGACCCGGUGGUUCGGCAGAAUGGCAGGAAGUGUGCCCCCUGCCAUGAGAGCUGCGAGGGACACUGCUGGGGCCCGAACCCAGAGGACUGCCAGAAAUUGACCAAGACCAUCUGCGCCCCGCAGUGCAACGGCCGCUGCUUCGGGCGCAACCCCAGCGAGUGCUGCCAUGACGAGUGUGCGGGGGGCUGCACCGGCCCCCGCCAGACUGAGUGCUUCGCCUGCCGCCACUUCAACGACAGUGGGGCCUGCGUCCCGCUGUGCCCGCAGCCGCUGAUCUACAACAAACUCACCUUCCAGCUGGAGCCCAACCCCGACACCAAGUACCAGUACGGGGGCAUCUGCGUGGCCAGCUGCCCACAUAACUUCGUGGUGGAUCAGAGCUCCUGCGUGCGGGCCUGUCCCAAGGACAAGAUGGAGGUGGAGAAGAACGGCCUGAAGAUGUGUGAGCCCUGCCCUGGCCUCUGCCCUAAAGCCUGCGAGGGGACGGGCACCGGGAACAAGUACCAGACCGUCGACUCGAGCAACAUCGACACGUUCGUCAACUGCACCAAGAUCCGGGGCAACCUGGACUUCCUCAUCACGGGGCUGGACGGGGACCCCUGGCACAACAUCUCGGCCCUGGAUCCGGAGAAGCUGAACGUCUUCCGGACGGUGCGGGAGAUCACGGGUUAUCUGAACAUCCAGUCGUGGCCCAAGCACAUGGACAACUUCAGUGUCUUCUCCAACCUCGUCACCAUCGGGGGCCGGAGCCUGUACAACCGCGGCUUCUCCCUGCUGAUCAUGAAGAACCUGAACGUGACGUCGCUGGGGCUGCGCUCGCUGCGGGAGAUCAGCGCGGGGAAGGUUUACAUCACCCAGAACCGGCAGCUCUGCUACCUCCACACCGUCAACUGGGGGGCGCUGUCGCGCCGCAGGGCUGACCUGGAGAUCAAGGACAACAAGCCCCGGGGCAAGUGCGUGCAAGAAGGGAAGGUGUGUGACCCACUCUGCUCCAGCGACGGCUGCUGGGGGCCCGGCCCCGACCAGUGCAUCUCCUGCCGCAACUACAGCCGGGAGGGGACCUGCGUGGCCACCUGCAGCUUCUACCAGGGGGCGACCCGGGAAUAUGCCCGCGGGGGCGAGUGCUACCAGUGCCACCCGGAGUGCGAGAGGAUGGAGGGCAACGUGACCUGCAACGGCUCGGGCGCGGACGCCUGCGUGAGAUGUGCCCGGUACAAGGACGGGCCCCACUGCGUGGACAGCUGCCCCGAGGGCAUCCUGGGCGAGCAGGGGCCCAUCUACAAGUACCCGGACGCCCACCGCGAGUGCCACCCCUGCCACGAGAACUGCACGCGGGGGUGCCUCGGGCCGCAGCUCCAGGACUGCGUCACAGAGCCCCUGCCCAUCGCCAGGAAAAGCCCCACGCUCAUAGCGGUGAUGGUCGUGGGCUGCCUCUUCAUCUCCUGCUCCUGCUUCCUGCUCACCCUCCUGUACUGGCGCGGCAAGAAGAUCCAGAAGAAGCGGGCGAUGCGCCGCUACCUGGAGAGGGGAGAGAGCCUCGAGCCCCUGGACCCCAGCGAGAAAGCCAACAAGGUGCUGGCCCGGAUCUUCAAGGAGACGGAGCUGAAGAAGCUGAAGGCGCUGGGCUCGGGCGUGUUUGGGACGGUGCACAAGGGCGUCUGGAUCCCGGACGGAGACUCCAUCAAGAUCCCCGUCAGCAUCAAGGUGAUAGAGGACCGGAGCGGCCGCCAGACCUUCCACGCCGUCACCGACCACAUGCUGGCCAUUGGCAGCCUGGACCACGCCUACAUCGUGCGGCUGCUGGGCAUCUGCCCCGGGACGCAGCUGCAGCUGGUGACGCAGCUCCUGCCGCUGGGCUCGCUGCUCGACUACGUGCACAAGAACAGGGACGCCAUCGGGCCGCAGCUGCUGCUCAACUGGUGCGUGCAGGUUGCCAAGGGCAUGUACUACUUGGAAGAGCAUCGCAUGGUCCAUCGGAACCUGGCCGCCCGCAACGUCCUACUGAAGUCGCCCAACCAGGUGCAGGUGGCGGAUUUCGGCAUCGCCGACCUGCUCUACCCCGACGACAAGAAAUACUUCUACAAUGAGAUCAAGACGCCGAUUAAAUGGAUGGCGCUGGAGAGCAUCCACUUUGGGAAGUACACGCACCAGAGCGACGUCUGGAGCUACGGCGUGACGCUGUGGGAGAUGAUGACGUUCGGGGCAGAGCCCUACGCGGGGAUCCGGCUCGCCGAGGUGCCCGACCUGCUGGAGAAGGGCGAGCGGCUCAUGCAGCCCCAGAUCUGCACCAUCGACGUCUACAUGGUGAUGGUGAAAUGCUGGAUGAUCGACGAGAACGUCCGUCCCACCUUCAAGGAACUGGCCAACGAAUUCACUCGCAUGGCCCGCGACCCGCCCCGCUACCUAGUCAUCAAUAGGGAGAGUGGGCCGCUGCCCCCCGCCGAGCCCACCCUGAGCGACAAGGAGCUGGAGGACAUGGAGACGCUGGAGCUGGAGGAGGAGCUCGGCCCCUUCAACACGGCCAGCGGCCUCUUCGCCUCCAGGCAGCGUGUGGACUACGCCCGGAGCCCGAACCUGAGCCCCCCAGCCGGCUACAUCCCCAUGAACCAGACCGGCCUCAGCGGCUGCCGCCAGGGCACCGGGCUGGGCUCCCGGCAGACCCUGCGGGCCCGGCAGGAGUCGGUGGGCCGGACGGUGUCGGAGUCGUCGGAGGGCCGGGGCACGGCCUCGGAGUGCGAGCUGAUGGAGGAGCUCUCCCUGCCGGGCAGCCUGUGCCAGGGCCUGCGCUCCCGGGGCGACAGCGCCUACCUCUCCCAGCGCGAGAGCUUCCCCCUGUCCGCGGGCACGGCCGACGGCGAGGACGACACCAACGGCUACGUCCUGCCGGAUAACCACGGCCGAGAGCGAGCGGGCAGUGCCGCCCGGGCAGCGCGGGACGGGCCCCUGGGCUGCGUCUCGGAGCCGGAGGAGGAGUACGAGUACAUGAACAGACGCCCCCCGCAGCCCCGGCCGGCCUCCCUGGAGGAGCUGGGCUACGAGUACAUGGACCUGGGCUCGGAGCGCAGCGCCUCCCUGGGCAGCGUGCUGAGCUCCCAGCUGCCCGUGGCCGGCUGGGAGGUGGCCGCGGCCGAGGAGGACUACGAAUACAUGAACAAGCAGCCCAAACUCAGCCAGUCCCUGAGCAGCGUGCUGAGCUCUCCGGGGGCCGGGCGGGACGACUACACCUGCAUGAGCGCGGCCGUCCCCCGGGGCUCCCCCGAGGAGCAGGCCUACGAGGUGAUGGAGGCCAUCCUGGCGCCGGGCUGCCAGAGCUCGCCCUGCCCCAAGAACGGCUUCAUGAAACCCCUGCGGAGCCUGGAAGCCUCGGACUGCGCCUUCGACAACCCCGACUACUGGCACAGCCGGCUCUUUGCCAAGGCGGACGCCCAGCGGACCUAGGGGGCCAGGGGGGUGCCCAACCCGUCUGUCCUGGGGGGGCUGGGCCAUUGGACUCCAGCACCCGCCCGCCCCUCCCUGAACGAGCCCAGCCGGGGGGCUGGGAGCAAACGUCCUUCCCCAGCCCCAGGGGGUAUUUACAGCAAACGCUGCCCCUGGGUCUGUGCCCAUUGCAUGCUGGGAUGCAGGCUGGCUCUGGCAGCUGGGGGGCAAUGCACUGCCCCACUGUGAAAUCAAACCAGUCGGGGGGGGGCAGCCCCCUCCCCCGUUCCGCCUCAGGAUCACAGACAUGGACGCAGGACAGGUACCAGGGGAGUCGGGCUGCGUCCUCCCCUCCCCCCUCAUGGGAAAAGCCUCCUGUACUGAGCUCCCAGCAUAGGGCCUGGGGGCGUUUGGGGCCCAGCCAUGGAUCAGGCAGGUGGGGGAGGGGCUGCCUCAUUCCUCACCCCCUACCAAGCAAACGGGGGGGGGGUCUCCUUACACCUGGCUAUGAAGAAUCCCAGAGCUGCCCCAGGCAGGGCCGUGGGGUGACGUGAACAGAAGAGGGGGCUGCUGGUUUGGGGGUCUAGCGGGUAAAACGCUGGACCGGGAGCCAGAACUCCUGAGAUCUUCGUCCCAGACUCGCUGCUCUGGGCCAUGUAGGGAGUUAGAGACCUUCUCUCUCCUGCCCCCCUGCAAACCGGGGGUGUCCCAACGAGUGCGGCCCCCUCCCUUGCCGCUGCUGCGCUGGGCACAGCUUAGGAGCGGAGGCUGGAGCCGGGUGGAGAGUCGGUGGGUCGGGUUCCGUCCUGUUCAACCCGAUUUCCGCUGGGGUAAGAAGCCCGGGGGCCGGAGUCUGAUCCCGACCCCCCGGGGUGAUCAGAGCCCGCGCCUGGGGGUGACCCGAGAACAGCAGGCUCCAGCCCCGGACCUCCCCCCCCAUGGCCGCUGAGAGGCGGGGAGCUAGCUACCGGCGGGGGUGGGGGGAUGACGCCCCAAGCCUGGGGCCAAGAAAUGAAGUUGAUGGUUUUGCACUGAAUCUCGUGGUGAGGUUCCCUCCAUGUGCCCAGCUGGAGCAGGCUGGCCUGGCCCGCGGGCUGCCUCCCUACCCAGGGCUCCGGCCCGCGCUCCCCUCUUUCCUCUCCUCCGUGCGCGGUCUGUGGGGGGUCGUGGCCAGUGUCUCUGGGUACGCCGAGGGCUGCUGAAGUGUUUCUCUCCUCUGCAGGAAGCGGAGCGUGUGUGCCCCCCUUGUCACCCCCCCAAAUGAAGCAAGGGGGGGCUCUGAAUUCUUCCCACUUGAGGCCAUGGGAUGUCAGUGCUGUUUACCUGGGGGACUCACAGUGGGUCUGAGCAGCCUUGGUUAAAGUGGCGAAGUCGACGAAUCCUUGGCAGGGGAGCGUUGUCUAGGGGUUAGAGCAGGGAGUGCGAGAGUCUGGAUUCCUGGGUUCUGGUCCUACUCUAAGAGGGAACCGGGGUUCUUCCUUGCUCUGCGGCUGCACUGCUCCCAGCUCCAGGAGGAAGGGGGUGUCUAGUGGUUAGAACAGGCUGUCACCCUCUGCUCUCUGAGCUGUGGAAGGGGCAUUUCCCCCCAGCCACAGGGUGGGGCGGGACGGGGGGACAGACCAUACUACCAACGUGUGACUAGAGCGGGGACCUGCACGGGAGGGAGGAAGGGAGCGUGGGGCAGGUCUCUGCGGGCUCCUCCCCUCCCUCUUGCAGCCGGCUGAGCAGGGGGGCACCAGCCCCAUUGCCCUGAACUGGCUGUGGAGAUCAGAGACCCUUCUGGGGUGUCCAGUGAGACCUCCUGCCUGCUAGAGCCGUGGGGAAGCACCGACUCGUGAUCCCCCCCCAACCCACGUGGGGCGGAGUGCGUGACACGUCUCAGUCCUAAAACACACGUCUGGGCGAAGGAAUCCACGCGGGCACCUUGCUAGCGAGGCUGGCAUGGGGCCCCUGCCUGGCACACGGCUCAGAGCUGCCACUCUGCCCCCUGCCGGCAAGUGGCACUAACGUUCUCACGUGGGAAGGGUUUAUUGUAUUUCAGAAUGAAAAGUAGAAACAACCCUGAGGUCCCCCCACCCAUUGUGUGCUUCACCCAGGCUGCGCUGCACCAUCCCUUUUUAUUUGUUUUAAAUGCAGGAACCAAUAGCCUGCUGGGCCCGGACUCCUGGGUUCUAGCAUGACAAGGUGAGGGGUUUGCUGUGUUUUCUUCCCAGGCUCUCCAAAGGAGAGAACUGAGGAACCCACCAGGGGAGAGCUGAGCAUGGGGGCUGCACCUCUGGGCCUGCACCUUCCUACUAAACUCAAAGGGGCUGAUCGCGGUUUUGCUUCCGGCUGGACUAAUUCUAGUGAAAUCACCGGGUCCGAAUCCUCUUUGGGUUGUUUACACCUGUGCAAAGGGCAUGGAAACGUGGCAGCUCGCACGGGCAGCAUGCUGCAGGGAUGCAAGUGAGGACACGAGACGCAGGGGAAGAGCAGGUGCAAACUGAGCCAAUCCAAUUUGCUAAUUAGUCCUUUUAAAGAAACACAUGCGAUGCCUCCAGUAGCCUGGCCUGGAUCUUCCAGAAGAGCCCCCCCCCUUGUACAUUUUCAUAAAGGUUAACGCACUGGAAAGCAGGGAGUACUUUUUUUUCCCCUCCUGUCCUGGUUUGCAUUGUCUUGCUGUGUGUCAGAACUGGUGGAAUGAAGGUUAAAAGGAAUCUCUGAACUUUACAGUUUUACCUGUGGGACUCACAGCCGCAGGAUGAAAUCGCUUUAGUGUUUUGUUUUUUAAAGGAAUGAGACACUUACAGGAAUAGAAACACCAUUUGUGGUGACACCAGCUAGGAUAAAUGUCCCAAGGUUCACAGGGAAUAGGCAGCUCAGAAGGGAAUUUACUAUUAUUGCAUAUUUAGGCUCUGGUCUUGGAAGGAGAUGCAGAGAGUUGGACUCAUGUAGCACCUGGGAUGUAUUUAUUAAUAUAGGGGCCUGUCAACAAAUUUGCUCUGGCACGAGCUAGGCAAACCGCAUACAAACUGCAGUGUACUGUAGCCCGUGGCCAUAGCGAAUACAACAUUGGUGAAGGAAGGAAAUUGUACAGCACGUGCCGUGCUCCGCGACAGUGCACACAAAUAUUCUAAAGUCAAGGAGGUCUCUGGGAGCAGCUGUGCCAACCUCAAGUAUUCAAAAACCACGAACUCAGCUAUAAAAUCCUGGUUGGUUUGUUUUUUUAAAUGAGUUUGGUUUGGGUUUGUUUUUUUAAUUUGCCUUCUGGUUUCUGAGCCUUUAGGCCUGACAAGGCGUUGUAUUUUCAAGCUUUUCUGUGCGGCCACGAAGACUAGAACCAAACUUUAUUUACUAUGAAGCUUUAAGAAAACACCAAAUGCAAAACCGUACACUGAGCACGGGCAGCGCAAAGGAAGGGCCUUUCCGAGCACAUCUCACUGCCAGAUCGGGGCCAUACGUGUGUUGUUACAGGUGGAUGGGGACUGGUGCCUUCCUCUCAAGCGUUUGGCGUCCGUCGCUCUCGGGCUGGGACGCCGGGUUUGGCUGGGCCCAUGAACCCCUGCGUGGGAAGCCCUUGCUCGCGCCGUCUCUCCGGUUUCUGUGCUUCCCAUCACUGAAGGAGUUGUAAUGUAUUUUUUUAAGACAAAAUAAAAGUGACACUGAUGAA